AUGGGCAUUCUCCUUCAUAUACUAUUCUUGCUAUCGCAUAACGCCAUACACAGUUUGGCCUUGGACUGCCGUCCAGUGCGCAUCGAUGGGCCAUCAGUGGGUCAGCGCUCUAAUUAUACCUGGGAAGAAGGGCUUCCGAUACAGUUUGGAGGAUGGUCGGAUGAAGAGAUCAAAACCUGUAUUGGGAAAGCAGAUGCAUACAAUAUAUGGCUAGUGUCGGAAGAUCCAGAUUGCCCGGUCGUAUGGCCAGUAUUUGAUACCUUCUUACCGAAGGAGGACCUUAAAUGGUCGCCAUUCCAUUUCGAUCUCAGACAACAAACCAACGAGUGGUAUGUGGAUGAGAAAUUGUUUGCAAGAUCUCAAGCGUUUUUUAUCCAUGGUGACGGUGACGAGGCAACCACACUAUAUACCACCAUCACCAGCACGUCAACCUCGAGCUAUACUACAUUAACAACUGCCACGUCAACAUCGGCAUCAGAAAGCUCCGUACCAACGAUUGCGACUGUUGUAGUAACGCGAACACUGGAACCUACUGCAACAGGCCCGGUACCCAUUAGCCAUGAGAAGGCGGGCCUCAGUACCGGUGCAAAAGCAGGCAUUGGGACAGGCGUGGCUCUUGGUUCAAUUGCUAUCGCGGCCGCGGUAUAUAUUUUUAUACUGCUUCGACGGCGGCGGAAUUCGGAUAAAGUCAUCCCAAUGGUCAGCGGAAAGGACUCGAAUAAGUACUCACCCCCUGGACCACCGGAGAUGCACGACGAUGUACCGGGCUCACUCCCUGUCAUUAGUGAGACAAACGAUCCCCAGAAGCGGCCUGCCAGCGAGAUGCUCGGAUCAAUACCGGUGGGAAAGCCGACCGGCAGAGUUGGUGAUGAUAUAGUACAUCAUGAAUUGCCAUAA